AUCAAGAAAACCACGGUGGGAAGCCAUCAUUCUGAGGGACACGAAAUGACUUCAGAGGCUCCAGACUAUUAUAAUCCCAGCACUGAAGAUUAUACAGAUGUAGGACUGUGCAACCUGGACCCAAACCCUGCAGAAGUCAUCACCCAAACCAACAUGCACGCCAUUAUUUGUGCCUUCGGCCUGAUCGGUAACAUCCUUGUCGUGGUCACUUACAUGUUCUACAAGAGAACCAAGACAAUGACAGACGUCUACCUCGUCAAUGUGGCGGUGGCCGACCUGACCUUUGUGCUGGCCCUGCCUUUCAUCAUUUACAACGAGCAGCGCAGCUGGCCAAUGGGCGCUGUGGUUUGCAAGGUGCUGAGCUCCGCCUACAGCAUCAACCUCUACAGUGGGAUGCUCCUGCUGGCGUGCAUCAGCGGUGAUCGUUACGUUGCCAUCGUCCAGGCCAGGCGUUCUUUUGGGGUCCGCUCCAGAUAUCUCAUCUACAGCCGCAUCAUCUGCUCCGCCGUGUGGGUUUGUGCAGCUGCUUUAACGCUGCCCACGCUGAUAUACACCGAACGCUUCGAAGAAGCCAGUCUGGGGGCGGAGACCGUGCACGUGAUGUGUCAGCUGUCUUUCAGCAACGACGAGACAGCAAAGUUAAUCAAAAAGCUGGUUCCCUGCCUUCAAAUGGCCGUCGGUUUCCUGCUGCCCUUAGCGGUGAUGGUGCUGUGCUAUUCCAGCAUCAUGGCCACGUUGAUUCGAUCACAGAGCAGCCAGAGGCACAAGGCCGUCCGGGUGGUCUUAGCGGUGGUCGUGGUCUUCGUUGUGUGCCACCUCCCUUACAACGUGGCUCUGCUCAACCACACGCUAGAUCUGUUUGAACAGAGAGGUUGUCAGGGAGAAAGGUUCAAUCUUCAAGUUCUGGCCAUUUCUAAAAGCGUCGCCUACCUACACUGCUGUCUCAACCCCAUCCUCUAUGCCUUCAUUGGCUCCAAAUUUAGGAGCCACUUCAGGCAAAUAGUCGUGGACCUGUGGUGUUUUGGAAAGAAAUACAUCCACUCGGCCCGUUCGUCUGAUGUCUGCAACUCAGCCUUUAAGUCUUCAGACGGCUCCAACGACUUCUCGUCGUUUAGUGCGUGAUAGCUCAAUGAGCCGAAUCCAGGGGCUUUGAAAGUGUAUCUGCAUGUGUCAGUGAAGGCAACAUGCUGCA